AUGAAUCCGGAUGUAUCGUUUGUAUUUGAUUAUAUUGUACCAAUUUCGUUAUCACAUCAAUACUUAUCCUCAGUAAAUUCUGAUGGUAAUCAUCAAAAAUUAUUACAACGUCGUCAGGAACUAUCUAAUUCUACGACUAAACUACCAGAAUUAACAACAACAACAUUUCAACAAACAUUAACAUUUGUUGAAAAUUUUAAACGUAAUCAACAUAAAUCUAUAACAGAUAAAAGUCGUGUACUAUUACAAAUACCACAAGAAAAUACAAAUGAUAAUAAAACUUUAACACCACAACAAUUACGCUAUCAACUUAAUCUUAAACUUGAACAACUUAUACGUACACGUGUUAUUGAACCACAUCGUGUUAUUAAUCGAUCAAGUAUUUUACCAGCAUCGCCAAUUAAAUCGAAAAUUGUACCAAAAGAAAAUUUUUCUCGUAUAAUAAUACCUUCAUAUUUGAAUCGAUCAGUUGAUAAAAGUAUUAUUUCAUUGUCGACUACAACAAUAAAUACGACAGUUACACAAGAUGAUCUUAUUGAUAAAGAUUCACUUGGAGAUAAUGAUGAGGCUUGUGAGGAAAUGAUGGAAGAAGAAAUUAUUACUUUCUUACAGCAACAACCUAUGUUGGACAAAGAUUCAUUUGAAAUGGAAACAGAAGAAUAUGAAGCUGAAUUUGAAGAAGAAUCACUUCGUGAUUCUGAAAGUGAUGUUGAUGUAGACAAUACAUUUCCGGUUGAUCCAGCCUUACUUCUCUCCGAUAAAACACGUCGAGUUGGUAGUACAGAAGUUAAAUCAGGUUUUAUUCCAAGUUUAUUUGCAAAUGUUCCACCAACUAUUCGAUUUUGUAAUGAAACUGAACGAAUCGAACCACUUCCAUUACCAUUACAAAAAAUGAUGAAAUGGAAAAUGAGUUCAAUUACUCCAAAUGUUGUUAAAAGUGCUGUUCUUCGUUCAGGUUUUCGUUUAAGUGAUGAGGGUAAUGAUUGGCUUGGUACAUGGUCACGUCAUAUGAAACCAGUAUGUUUUAAAGCUAUUCGUGAAUAUCAAAAGAUUAAUCAUUUUCCAGGUUCAUUUCAAAUUGGACGAAAAGAUCGUCUUUGGAGAAAUUUAUCUCAUAUGCAGGCUGUACAUUCACGACGUGAAUUUGAUUUUGUACCACAAACAUUCGUAUUACCCGCUGAUUUUUUAUUAUUUAAACGUGUUUUUGAUGAAGUAUCCGACACUAAAGAAUCGAAAUGGAUUAUUAAACCACCAGCUAGUGCUCGUGGACAAGGCAUUCGUGUCAUCAGUAAAAUGGAACAAGUGCCGAAAAAACGUGCAGUUGUAGUACAAAAAUAUAUUGCAAAUCCAUAUUUAAUUAAUGGGCAUAAAUUUGAUUUAAGACUCUAUGUUUAUGUUCCAUCACAUGAUCCAUUACGAAUUUAUCUUUUUGAUGAUGGUUUGACUCGAUUUGCUUCGAGAAAGUACUCAACAUCUGUUAAAUCAUUAAGUGAUCGAUUUAUGCAUUUAACUAAUUAUUCGAUUAAUCGAUAUAAUAGUGAAUAUAAAUCAAAUAAUGAUUCAACAGCAUGUGCUGGACAUAAAUGGAGUUUAAAAGCUUUAUGGGCAUAUUUGAAAAAACGUGAUGUGGAUGUGGCAGAUGUUAUAGAAAGAAUUAAAGAUUUAGUUAUUAAAACUAUUAUUAGUGCUGAUUCUUAUGUGAAUGUCUUAACAAAAGCAAAUGUUCGACGAAAAUUUAGUGUUCAUGAACUUUUUGGUUUUGAUGUUAUUCUCGAUGAGCAAUGUAAACCUUAUAUCGUUGAAGUAAAUAUUUCUCCAAGUUUACAUUCUAAUUCACCAUUAGAUAUAAAUGUAAAAGGUUCGAUGAUAUCAGAUUUACUUAAUUUAAGUGGCUUUAUGAUACCAGAUCGAAAAGAUAUGUCAUCCGAUGGUUCAUCGCGAAAAAAAUCAAAAUUACCUAAAAGUCUCAUAUUUGAUCGAAGAGUUCUUCCACAAGGUUUAUCAACAGAUGAAAAAGUAAAACAUCAAUAUUUUGCUCAACGUCAUAAUGAUGAGCAAAUUCGAAAAAAUAUUGUUGAUUUAUUGACUCCUGAUGAUUUGAGAAUUUUGGUUGAAACUGAAGAUGAAUUUGCACGACGUGGUUCAUUUGAACGUAUUUUUCCAACAAAUCAAACACGAAAAUAUUUAAAAUAUUUCGAAACACCACGAUACUACAAUUUACUUUUAAAUGAAUGGAUUACAAAAUAUACUCGAAAUGAAGAUCGAGGUAUUGCAUUAUUAAAUACAUUUUGUAGAAAAGAAAUUCAUUUACAAAAUCCAGCAGUUGAUACAAAUCAUAUGUGGACGCAAUAUCAAAAACUUCAUGGACAUUUAUCUUAUCGAGAGAAUGACAAUGCGAAUACAAAUGGUUCUUAG